ACCACGGGCGCUGUAGCGUCCUGAGCGCAGCGUACUAGUCCGAAGGCGCGGAAGAUUGAGAGGCGCCGGGCGCCACAGGUGAGCCCUCUCCGCAAGGCAGCGAGAAGCGUCUGGGGGGCCACAGGUCCAGGAACGAACGCGCGGCGUCAGCCGACUUAAGCUUUUCAUCUUACCUCCCCCCGAAUUCUCGCUCACUUCGCCGACCCGAGACUUUCCAAUGAGCGCCGCCACGCUGGACCCCUUGGACUCGCUUUCGUGCUACAGGACCUGGUCCCUGGAGCCCGCCAAUUUCUACGACGCCAAGGCGGGCGAAGGCGGCGGCGGCCUGAGCCCUUCCUGCAAGGCGGGCGGCGUGAGUGCCGCCCCCACGAGCGAGGAGUCCGGGGGGAUGUGCUCAGCGCCGAGCAGCGGCAGCCGCGACCUGGCGGAGCUGAGCGCCGCCGCGCCUGCCAUGUACGAGGACGAGAGUGCCAUCGACUUCAGCUCCUACAUCGACUCCAUGGCGGCCGUGCCGAACUUGGAGCUGUGCAACGACGAGCUCUUCGCCGACCUCUUCAAUAGCAACCACAAAGGCGGCGAGCGCAGUGGGGGCUACGGGGAUUACCUGCCGGCGCCGUCGUCGGCGCCGCCGCAGCCAGCGCCCGGAGGGAGCGCCUUGGCCAGCCUGCUGCACGCCAGCGUCCUCCCCGGCCCGCUCCGGGGCGCCGUUAAGCAAGAGCCCGACUGGAGCGAGGAGGCAUCGGGCUCGCUGCUGCCGUCCCAGAUUGCUACUUGCGCCCAAACCAUUGUCAAUUUGAGCGGGCAGCCCACGCCACCCACCUCCCCGGAGCCGCCGGGCAGCGCCUCGCCGUCCAGCUACAGCAGCCGCUCUUCUGUUUCGUCAUCGUCGGGGUCCAAAGAGCGGGCGGGCAAGAAGUGCGUGGACAGGUUCAGUCCGGAGUACCGGCAGCGGCGAGAGCGCAACAACAUUGCGGUGCGCAAGAGCCGCGACAAAGCGAAGCGCCGCAACCAAGAGAUGCAGCAGAAACUGGUCGAGCUCUCCGCCGAGAACGAGAGGCUGCACAAGAAGAUUGAGCAACUCAGCCGGGACUUAACGAGCCUCAGACACUUCUUCAAGCAGUUGCCCAACGCCUCUUUCCUGCAGCUCUCUCCGGUCACGGACUGCCGGUAACCGGCUGCAGGAGCGCCGCCACGGCCGCCCAGGCCAGGGACUUUGAACUUCUUCACGAAUACCUCAGCGCGAGCCGCACAAACUGCAGCGGGGGCUGCACGGGAGGGGGGGAGGGAGGGGGAGGCUGGAAGACUCGGGCUGCCCCGGGGACCGUGCCAAAGGUACGCAGAGAGAGGGGGAGGGCGCUCCGUGCUCUCGCCUCCUCCCCCCAAGCAAGAAAUCUAGCCUGGAAGGCCGGACAGAAAUACGCGGGGGGAGGGUGGAAAAAAACCUGUGUGCGCGUGCGUGCGUGUUUUGGCUUUUAACUUUUUUUUUUUUUUUUGAAUGGGCUAAGCUUGGGUCUUUAACCACAAAACUUGCCAAAAAGGUUUUAAAAAGUGAAAGAAAAGCUAAAUGUUCUUUCCUCCUAAAUUAUUUUUAUGAUAGUCCUCCCUUCCCCCUUCCCCUUUGUUGAUGCAGCUAUGGUACGUUGUAAAAAAACAAUGAUUUUCAGACUUUUCAAACACUUUUUAUUAUAAACAGCAAGAGGGAAAAAGUAGACUGAGCAUGCUCAAACUUUUAUAUAAAAUUUUUACAGCAUUUCUAAAAAUAAAAGCCCCAUGAAAUGUA